AUGAGACGGGCAGGUCUCUUGAGCGAAGAAGAUGCCGCCAAAUUUGAUGCUGUCAAGCGCGACCCUGCGGCAGCCGAUGCACUGUUUGAAGCCCAUCGUCGUGACGCUGCCGAGUCUGACCCCACAGCUGAGCCUGAACUCGUUGGUAUCCGCAAGCGUGAUGGUCUGCUCGAUUUGCCCCUUGGUGGUGGUCUCUUGAACGGUGUUCUUCAGCCCCUUUCAGGUGCCCUUGCAGGCGUUGAUAUCCCCACCCCACAGCCGCAGGGGCUGGUUUUGAUUCCAGGAGAUGAUCCCAAUCAUCAAUUCCAAGCUCCUGGUCCUACCGAUGUGCGAGGCAUUUGCCCGACCUUGAAUGCUUUGGCCAACCAUGGUUACCUCUCUCGUGAUGGUAUCACAUCCUUUGCUGAAGCCGCCAACGCUGUGCAAACGGGCUAUGGCUUCACAUAUGAACUGUCGGUCUUCCUAUCUGCUCUUGGUCUCCUAGCUGGUGGAGAUUUAGCAAGUGGCAAAUAUAGCAUUGGCGGCGCAGAUGCUCGCGUUCCUAAUACGCUUGGCCCUGCUUUGGGUCUCGACAAGCACGGCGUUUUCGAGAUUGACGGCAGCAUUACCCGUCAAGAUAUCCAUUUUGGAAACAAUGCAAACUUUCUGCUGCAGCGCUGGGAGGAGUAUGUCAACACAAGCAACAUCUACGGCAAUUUCAACAAGGAAACUCAAGCGCUUGACAACGGCAAUCGCUACGACUAUUCGCGCGAAACGAACCCAGAUUUCUUUGCCGGUGGCAUUUGGUUUGCCGUUUCUCACGCCGAGCGAGUUUUCGUUUAUGAAGGCCUCGCCAAUGGCACCACGCAGUCUGAUGCCAACUAUGCCAAUGUUGCACCCUUUUUCCUCAAUGACACAUUCCCAGAAUACUGGUACCGCCGGGGCGAGCCUUUCAGCCUCCCAGCUGCCUUCGCCGAGGCUGCUGCACUAUUCCUUGCCAACCCACGCCAGCCUGGUGGUAACCAGGGCCUGGGUAAUUUUGUUCCUCUCGAUGGACAAAACAUUAGUGCUUUGAGCCCGCCCGAGCUGGGUUGCUUCAUUCUGGAAAACGUCUUGGAUAUUAUCCCCAACCAACUUGAUUCUGAGGCUAGCGCUUUGGGACAGGCUGUGCUUGGCUUCACCAAGGGUGCUAUUGCACCAUUCUUUGUUAAUGACGGCUACUUCAACUGCGACUUGAGCAGCUUCGCAGCGCCUGGUCAAAACGCUGGUGUGACAGGAAAUACUGAUGGCACUCCAAGUGAAGCUAGCUCCGGUUCACCUGUGAAUGGAGCAUAUCCCGGUAUUGGUGUUAUUGCACCUGACUCUGAGCCUUCCUAA